AGAAUCCUUCCUUCCUUCCUUUCUUUCUUUUAUUUUCCUAUUUUUUCAGUUUCAUACUUGAUUGGAUCCCCUUUCACGUAGGCUUUAUUCCCUUCUUUGAGAUUGAGUUCUUUCAUUGAAGACCUGGAAAUCGUCCAACACCGAAUAGUAGGAGAAAAAAAUCAUUUUCAAAUCUACUUGUCAAGUUUACAUAUCCAUUUUUUAUUUUCUUCCUGCGUGAGUUUCAAGUUGACAUAUGGUUUGAAACUACAUCACACAUUCUAUCCUAUUAUAUUUAAUUGCUAUUUCUCUUUGUUAUACUCUUCCAAAUUAUUUGAUAUAUUUUUAUUCAUUUUCACAGCAUAUAUGGUUUACUUGAAGGUUGAUAGAUAAAUAACUAAAUAAUUGAUGGGUUAUAAUAUAUUUUAAAUUAAGAUUUUUCUAUAGUUUGUUGACUUCAUAUUAUACAGAUCAUCUUUCUGUGAUGCAGGAGCGAAUUAUGGGUAAUUGGUUGAAGAGUUUUUACAUAAUUGGGAGAUCUAUUGUAGUUAUGUCAAAGGUUUAGACGUUUAGUGGAACCUCCAUUUUAAUUUCCUAAGAAUACCUAAAUCAAAUAAAUCAAUUUUUUUCUUCAAAUGUUAGAUUGUUAGGUACAUUGUAUUUGCAGCAAUUUAAUUUCUUUAGUUUUAUAACACUCACAUGGCGUGAUGUGAUAAUAGUCAUUGUUUGGGAAAUUUAAUCAAAGGAAAUAAUACAAACUUGAUGCAGAGAAUGUCAUCUUUUACCUUAGAUCCCUCACCAAAUAUAAACUUAUUGAUACUUCGUUAACUGUUUGGAAAAUUUUGCCAAGACUGUUCUAUGUAAAGAUCAAGGAAAUUCCUAAUCUUAGUAUAGUAAUAAUGUGUAUUUUUCAUUGUAGGUGAUUGCAUAUUUAGUGCAUUCUCAACUUGUGAAUUGUGACAUAUGAAAUUAAAAUGUUUUUGUAAUUUGGGAAAACUGUAGAAAAUAUAUAUGAAAAAUUUUAAAAAUCUUUCUCUCCUGCUAAUGUAUCAUAUAGUUGGGUUAAGCAUUGGAAUUAUGUUAAUGGCCUGUUUGUUUGAAGGUUAACUUAGGUUAUUGCAGACUCAAUUUUUAGUUAAUCUCGUUUGUUUGUGUUUUUGCAACAAGAACCUAGGUUAUGACUUAACUUCACAUAACUCCCGAGAACCUGGAAACACUUCAAGUUGAAGAACCUCCAAAGUGGGGGGUUUUGGAGGGCAUAAGAGAUUCAACUAGCCUUGAUUUCAAAGGAAUCUCCUACCCUUCAAAGAAGGCCUUUAGCUACUGCAUUGGUCACAUUGCUUUGGCUAUUAUGAGUAAUGGACACGUGUCAAGCAUCCGACGGCCGAGGGUCACCUCAAUUGGGGUGGCACCGGUACUUGCAUGUGGCCGCAUUAAAUGCGGUGGUUGGAUGCGACGUUGUACUUGGUAUGGCGAUUCAGGCGCAUGUGGAGAGGAGAUCCUGUCGAGGAGGACGCCUUCGGCUGAAGGGUGUUGGGUCGAAGGCUCUUCUAACUGAGGGCUUCCCUGUGCCGAGAGAUGUAUAUGCCGAAGGCUUGGUUUUCAAGCCUUGUUCUCCUGUGAUGUUUCUGAGCUCGAAUCUGUCAAUGGUAGCCUUCGGUCACGGGGCCGAAGGCACCCCCUUGCAUCUUGUGGGCUGCGUAGAGCUUCAUUCUGCUGGGCUUGGCCCGUUUGGGCCUGUUGGGCCUGAUUGCAGUAGUGGAAGUACGUGGGUCGGGGGUCCCCGGGCCAUAUACUCCAUCAGGAGUCCCUCACUCCUUUUGCCGAAAGGUACUUGAGGGAAAAGGAGUAGUUGCGUUUGUAGAGUUGUGAGAGGUUUGCGUUGCCUGUUUUUCCGAGGGCAGCCCCUCAGUCCCCCACACUUUGGGACUGAAGGGUUUUGUUGAUGCUAUAGGGAACUUUUAACAUUUUGUGAUUUUCCCGAGGGGGUUCUCCAGUCCCCCACUUCUUAAGGCACAUGUAAUGUGGUGAAAAAGGAGUAGAACAGUGCUUGUCUUCAGUCUAUGACCGAGGGCUGACGCUUUUCGUUUCAUCUUGGGGGGAUGCCUCGUUAAAAACCUUAUUAGGAAAAACCAUGUGGGAAAAAAUCCUAAUGAGGGAAAAAGAGUGUGUCGAAUUCCCCCAAUGAUGAAUAAAAAGGCGAGCCCUUGGUUUGAGAUGAAGAGUAACGUUAAUGCCGAGAGCUAUCCGUGGCCCGGGGGCUUUCUUGUUGAUUAGCUGUAGGCACUUUGAGGAUAUUCCGGGAAUGCCUAGGGGAGUCCAC